GCGCCCGCACGCGCUGCCUCUCAGAGUCCGCCAUCGCUUCUCGGCCGCAGAUGCUUCAGGCCCUUCGUAUUUGCCCUUCGUAAAUUUGCCUCUUCCUCCUCUUCCUUCUCCUCCGCGAUCGCAUGCACGCCGCCAAUUCGCCGGAGCAGUUCUGAACUCGCAGCAGCCCUCGCACGAUCAUCGGGCUUCUGUCGCAAAUUUGCAUCUCCUAUUUGCGCCCUAGAGGUUUUUCAUACGUCGCGGUUCUGUGGACCGAAGGGACGGGACGGCGAGGCGAGGCGAGGGAAGUGCGGUUCUUAAGCGGAGCAGUGCCGGAGGAUCUGACGACGAACUGAAGGAGACGAUUGGGGAUUGGGGAUCGGGACGGGGAAGGGGAGGGGAGGGAAGUGAGAAGGCGGGGGGUUGGCUGGACUGGAAGGAGGGAUCGUGGCAGUUUUAUUUGCGGUCUGGGGUGGAGGAGAAUCUCGGCUGCUCUGGCCGCCGGGCGAAUUGCGCGCACUGUGGUGUGGGCCUGAUUGAAUCCGAAAGGGGGAUUGAUUGGCUAACCCCUUUGCUGUCUCGAGCCCGGGCCCGAUCGGAGCGAGGAUUGGGAGAAGGGGUUUGUGUUCUGCGCGGCGGGAAGCGGAGGGGAGGUGGAGGAGGAGGAGGUAAAAUCCGAAGGUUCCUGCUGUUGGAGCUGUCCAACUCCUCCUGCCAGUCUUGGGGAAGGGGUUUGGAGUGCAACCCUAACAGGGAACCGGGUCUAUAUUUAGGGGCGUUCGAACAGUUUCACAUUCGGCGGGUGUAGAGAAUUUUCUGAGGCGCCUCGAGCCAAUAGUUGCUGUUUGAAAAAAUUGAUCUGCGUAUAGAAGGAGAGAUCGACUCGAUUUAUUCUUUGGCUUCGCUCUGCGGAUUGCGAACUUGAUCGAGAACAGUAUCGGACUGCUCUGCCCUUCGCCUGAAGGGAAUUGCUUGGCCGAUCCUCUGUUUCUUUCGACUCAAGUUGAUCUCGGAGAUCGUGAAUCCCGCAGCCGGGAAUGUCCGAGGCGGCAUCCGAGCUGCGGGAGAGGCUUCUUCGAGCUCGAAAAUCCACUCAGGCAUCUACUAGUUAUGGCGAAAGGGAGAGAGAUGCAUCUCCUCUCCCGACUGCCCUUCAAACGACGAAAGAAAGCUCGAAGUUUGAUGGGUUAGGGUUUGGGCAGUACAUGCUAGCUGGAUCCAUAGCUGGGAUGGUGGAGCACACGGCCAUGUUCCCCGUCGAUACUCUGAAAACCCGCAUGCAGAUGUUGGCCAGUGCCGGAGGAUCCAUCCACAGUACGAUUGGCAGAGCUUUGGUCACGAUCAUCAAAACUGAAGGUCCUUUGGGGCUGUACAGAGGAAUUGGAGCCAUGGGCCUCGGUGCUGGUCCAGCCCAUGCUGUGUAUUUUUCAGUCUACGAAAUUGCCAAGGAGAAAUUGGGAGGUAACCAAGCGGGGUAUCAUCCUCUGGCCCACGGUUUGGCUGGGUCCAUGGCUACAAUUGCAAGUGAUGCCGUUUUUACACCUAUGGAUGUUGUGAAGCAGAGACUGCAAGUGCGGCGGAGUCCUUACUCGGGGUUGACAGAUUGCAUCAAGACCAUGCUUCGAGAGGAAGGAAUCAGAGCAUUUUAUGUGUCCUACCGCACCACUGUGGUCAUGAACGUCCCUUUCACGGCCGUGCACUUCGCAUCGUACGAGGCUGCCAAGAAAAUGUUGAUGGAGCUCUCUCCCGACCAGGCGACAGAGGAAAGCUUGUUGAUGCAUAUCACAGCAGGUGGUGCUGCUGGGGCACUUGCGAGCGCAGUGACUACACCUUUAGAUGUGAUCAAAACUCGUCUUCAAACACAGGGUAUCUGUGGUGCAGAGAGAUUCAGCAGCGGUUCAGUGCUGCAUGUUGCGAAAAGAAUCGUCAAGCGGGAAGGUCCCUCAGCUUUGUUGAGGGGUAUUAGACCGAGGAUAUUGUUCCACACUCCCGCAGCUGCUAUUUGCUGGUCCACGUACGAAGCUGGGAAGUCGUUUCUUCUGCGUUGGAAUGAGGGUCAAAACAACUAAUCUGAAGCGGGAAGUCCGCUCUGACUAGGCAAAAGUGAGGACGGAGCAGUGUCGAUCAACUAGGAAGCUGAGUAGGGGAAUCAUUCGCUACAAAGGAAAAGUUCACAUGCAUUUGAUGAAGUUAUGGAUCGUAAGUCUCCCAAAAUGUUGAGGCCAAAGUCCAACUGGUGUGGGAAUACCUAGGAUCAAGUGGAGCCAGCCUACCAUCCAAGGCGUAGCAGCUACCUCAGGUGUUAGGGAGUUCUCAAUGUCUCCGUGCUUUCAGUUCACGCGCGGGUCUUAGUUGUCAAAUUGUUUCGCAGUCGAUCGAGGUUUCCAGAUUCCACACCAAAUUUGAACCCUGGCUCUGAAGAUGAUGACGAAAAUGUACGGUAGGAUGGCUGGUGGAGAGAGUGAAGAAAGACCUACACUCAUUUUGGACGAAACACUAUACAAAUAUGUACGAUAUUGGGUUUUGUACCGGAGGGACAGGACGAUGUACUUUUCAAGUAACCAAGACUGAGCAGAUGAACCGUGCGAUUGUGUCACCGCAUUUGGACAAGUAGAAGAAGUAUGAAGAUGUGAUCACAAAGCCGUGACUGGAAUCUUCGCCCGGACCAUCAGCCUGCAGGUUGAGCUCUCUGCCUCUGUAGGUGCGCAACAGUUUUAACGUCUUGUUGAAAAUUGUCGAGGCAUUUUCUGGGCAGCAAUAAUCCUGUCCGUCUGGGUGCGGACUUCAAAGAAAACUGCAACUUGUAUUUUCCUUACGGAACUUGUAUCUGGAUUUAGCUAGAAACCCCAAUAGCCUGCCUGUAGAUUCUUGGCAUAAUUUUAGUCCUUGCGAGGAAGAUGGCGCAUUCCUCCUCAUGUACGAUCACGCCCUUUUGAGGCAGGACUCUGAAGUCUUCAGGUUGCUGUGCACCGUCCGACAUUGCGCUGAUUGUGCAUGCACUUGUCAUCGGUUGUACCAUAGCCCUCCAGUGGAUGUUUUCCUGCAACAUUUGAGCAAGCGAUUAUUUCUUGACCCUUAGGGAGUUUUUCUCGGCUCUCACAAACAGCUCAGUCUUGUGUAAUUACUUUGUUGUUGACCAAGGAAAGUCUUUUAGAAUGAAGGUGAUAGGGCUGGGUGUUUAUAGUGGUGAAUGUCUGAAAAGGUUGGAAUUCGAUUGUUUUAAGGCAUUUGUGCAGG